AUGGCCCCAAACAUAGACAAAGAAGCGGAGCAUCUCCGAAACAAAGCCAAAAAGGAGCUCCUCGGAUUGCUAGAAGGCGUUCGUGGCAAGAAGAACCUGGUCAUCGGAAAGGAUCUCACUGGGCUCCUCAGCCUUUUUAUUCAGUUUCCAACCCUGAAAGAAUAUGGUGUGGAUAAAGUCUUCGAACUCGAAAAUGGCAACACCGACUCGUCACAAAGAAAUGUCGUGUACCUUGUCCAUGGAGAGAGGGCUAGCUUGGUCCAAGCAGUAGCAGAUCAAAUAAAGAAACUUCAGAGGAAUGGUUCGGUCGAGCACGAAAUCUCCGUAUGCUGGGUACCAAGGAGAACUCUCGUGUCGAACAGAAUUCUGGAGGAUGAGGGCAUUCUGGGAGAUGUAAAUGUCUCGGAGCUCCCCAUAUAUUUCCUGCCUUUGGAAGACGACAUGCUCUCGUUAGAGCUGGACGAGUCAUUCAAUGACCUGUAUCUACGACACGACCCUUCUCCACUAUUUCUUGCGUCGAAAGCCCUGAUGCAAAUUCAACAGCGACAUGGGCUUUUCCCGCGGAUUCUAGGAAAGGGGGACAACGCCAGGCAACUUGCAAACCUCCUACUCCGAGGGAGAAAGGAGCUCGAUGCCGACGAAGCUGCGACGCAAUACACCAGCAUGCCGAGUACCUCGAUCGAGCAGCUUAUUAUAAUCGAUCGGGAGGUCGAUUUCGCCACAGCGUUGUUGACCCAGCUGACAUACGAGGGCUUGAUUGAUGAAUUGAUUGGCAUCAAGCACAACCGGGCGGAAGUUGAUUCGGCCGUGGUCGGCGCGGCUCCUCAGCAGCGAGUGCAGACCAGUUCUUCCUCGACAUCUCCACCCCCCGCCGUCCGUCAAGGUCUCAAGCGCAGGAUCCAGUUAGACUCGUCCGACUCGCUGUAUGAACAGUUGCGUUCCUCCAACUUCGCCUUGAUCGGGCCUCAUUUGAACAAAAUAGCGAGACGUCUAGAAUCAGAUUACGAAGGUCGCCAUUCUGCUCGCGGCAUCAACGAGCUGCGAGAUUUCGUCAACAAAUUGCCGGGGUUUCAACAGGAGCACCAAUCCCUGGCCAUUCACACUAAUCUUGCAGAUGACAUGAGCAAGCACACGCGCUCGGAGACCUUCAAUCGCGAACUGGAAGUACAGCAGAACAUCGCAGCCGGGACAGACCCAAUCUACCAACACGACACUAUUGAGGAGCUGAUUGCCCGAAAUGCUCCCUUGCCCACCAUCCUCCGACUUCUCUGCCUCGAAUCUACGAUAGCUGGGGGUUUGCGUCCCAAGGACUUGGAGUCGUUCCGGCGCCAAAUCCUGCACGCCUACGGCUUCCAACAUCUGCUGACACUCGACAAGUUACAGACCAUGGAACUCCUUCAGCCCCGCUCGUCCAGUUCAGCAUUACUCCUCCCAGUUGGGGGCGCCGGGGCCACGUCUGAAAAGGGCACGAAAACCAACUACGGCUACCUGCGCAAGGAACUGAGGCUGAUUGUGGAUGAGUAUAACGAACAAGAUCCCGAGGACAUUGCAUACGUGUAUUCUGGAUACGCGCCGCUAAGCAUUCGCAUCGUGCAGUGCAUCUUACAGAAACAAUAUCUUCAAACCCUGCACAAGUCACCAUUGCCCCUGACGCCCUCUAGUACAGGAUGGACGGGCUUUGAAGACAUCUUGAAGUCUGUCAGGGGGCCAACUUUCAAUAUCGCACAAAAAGCAGCAGAUGACAAGGCAGCCAGGGCGAAAGCUGCGCUUGCGGGCACGGGAAAUUGGAAGACUCUCUUUGUUAUGUUUGUGGGAGGCAUUACCUUCACAGAGAUCGCGGCAUUGAGAUUCAUCGGGCGGAAGCUGGCAGAGGCAGGACAGAGGAAGAAAAUCGUCAUUUGUACCACAGGCAUCAUUAGUGGGAGGAGUAUUAUGGAAGGCGUGAUUGAGAGAUCCACUCUAGGGUCAGGAAUCGUCGCAGCCUGA